AUGUCGACUCCAAUCUUCUCAAGUCCCUACGCCGCUGCAUUUGGCGCAGGUGUCUUCCUCUACUUCGUCGUUUACCCAGUUGUUACUUAUUUUCGAGAUCUUAACGAUCAAUGGACCUUUCUUCAUCACCCCGCGUAUACCAGCUCAUGGCACACUGCAGGGAUGCAGAUAUCUGAUUGUCUUCGUCGAUACCCGAGCUUUCACUCUUUUGCAGGAUUUUCCAACAUACCUUUCAUGAUCCUCGCACACACUGGCGCAAGGUCCACCUUUCUUGAGAAGCUGCACCGAAAGACAUCUAUGGCCAUAACAUAUGAACAUGCUCGCAAGCGCAAAACCCUUAGCUCCGCAUAUGCCAUCAAGAACCUUGAGGGCUGGGAGCACAAGGUCGCCGAUAAGACACAGAGACUAAUCAAGCACAUCGACACAUGCUGCACCGCGCCUCUGGCCCCUGGCGGGCUUCCUGAGUCUGAAGAUGUCAACCUCGACUACCGCAAGUGGAUCAACUUCUUCACUCUCGAUGCCAUCGCCGAUAUUGGACUUUCUGAGAAGCUCAGAUUUCUCGACCAAGGAACCAGUACGGCGACGGGUCGCAAGACUGACGGAACCACAUAUCAAUGCGAUCUUCGACCUGCUCUCUACCAGACCGCCCGCAAGCAGUCUCUACCGAUCUGGUCCUAUGAACGGUACUCCAUCAUCAACAAGAUUGUCAACAUCAUCCCCUUUUAUCGCCGUAUGGACAAUUACGCCAAGGAGUGGGACGGCAUUUCAAACGAGCUGGCGUGGAGACGUCUACAGCGAUAUCGUGCUGGCGAGAAAUCCGAUGACUUCUUUCAGGCUCUGAUGGAGGACAAGAAUGGAUCGCCGAAUAACCUCGAGUGGGGUGAGAUUGUCGCUGAGGUUAGCAUCAUGCUGAACGCUGGCUCAGCAACAACUGCCAUCGCCAUUGCAAACGCCACCCUGCAAUUAAUCAAGCACCCGGAAUGCCUGAAGGAGCUGAGGGAGGAGCUCGACGCUGCGCUCGAGGACAGCGAGGAUAUUGACGAAUCUGGCGUGAUCGCAUACGACAGUGUCAAGCACCUGCCAUACCUCCGUGCUUGCCUCGACGAAUCGCUCCGACUCUUCACGCCCACGCCACACGGUCUUCCACGAGAGACACCCGCAGACGGUGCGAACAUCCUUGGUGACUGCAUCUCUGGUGGCAUAUCCGUGGCGAUGUCGGCGCAUGUUGCACAUAGGCAAGACUCUGUCUUUCCACGAGCCGAUCAGUAUAUACCAGAGCGCUGGCUCGGUGAGGAAGGUAAGACCUUGCAGCCGUACUUCCUUUCGUUCUCAGCUGGUGCGCGUGGCUGCAUUGGACGCAACAUUUCGUACCUAGAACAGACAGUGGUAUUGGCGAGUCUUCUGCGGAGAUAUGAGUUUGUACUCAAGACUCCAGAUUGGAAUAUCGAGCGGCUGGAGACGAUGAACUGGAUUUUGGGCGAGGUGCCGGUCAAGGUCUGGAGGCGGGAGAGGAAAUCCGAAAUCGGCGCUUAG